AUGAAUCUGAAAGUAGAGAAGGAACAAGAAGCUUGGACUGUCACUCCAACACCUGGAUAUGUGUUGAAAUUUACUGAGGUUGAUAUGAAACAGGUGUAUGCUGAAACAGAUGAGCACAGAUGUUUCCUCAAUGUUUGUCACUGUGAACAACUACCGCCACCAACUGAUGAUAUUGAUGAAGAUCAAUUGGCAGAGCGGAUAGACAGAGGUGACAUCAGCUACCGUAUACCUGUUAGUAUUGGCGAACUCGACAGUGUUGUUGACAGCAAAAACAGAAAUCAGCCCAAGAUUGACGUGUUGGUGAAUAGCGUGUUCUACGAGAAACGGUUAGCGCCGCCCGCAGCGAACUUUUUUCGUCAUUUCUUUUGCAUCGUCAUUUGUGAUGCAAUCCAAGAAAAGCACCAUCUGAAGUUAGAUGCUAAUAAAAGUGUAAAGCUGAAGAAUCGCACUGUAAUGGGAUGCAUUGAACCUAUGAGAAUUGCCAAGAGACCGGUGGCUCCCGUAGUACAGGAAAUCGGGUCUUCUGUUUCGUUUACAGAUAUCGAAAAUUUCACGUUUUCUGAUAUGAAACAACCAGCUGGCGUUCGAAUGCGUUUACUCAAAGGUACUCGUCUACAAGUGGAGCUUAGUUUACAAGACAUUAAACAGUUUUCUGUGGAAAGACUUCGCCUCCGUAUAAACCGUGAUCGCAUCAUUCUACUUGCCGAUAAAAUAAGAAGUUUGUAUGAUUUUUGUGUGCCAUUCUACUUAGAUUCUGCAACUGUCCAAUGUGAACUUAACUCUGACAAGUCAAAAUUGUUUGAUCUCUGCUCCUCGCUCCUGUGCGCAGCCGCUUUUGCUGCACCAGGCUUUAUGUCGUUUCCAUCCAACUAUACACGUUCAGCUUCCGAUAUGUCGACAAUAGCGCGCAGCACUUCUCGGAUCAGAGUUUUCCAGAUGUGGAUGGGAUUUGUGCUUCGACGGCAAUCUUCUACUCUCCAAUCCAGUUUCUACCAAUUUGAAGCCAUUCUCGGAAAAGAAUCAGUUUCUGUCAAGGAGAGCAUAAGGACCCAGUUUUCAAGAGACGAAGGCCAUUUGUUGCCGCGACUUCCCGCAGUAGUCCUAUCGCCCAAGUCAGUUGAGGAAGUGUCCGCAGUUGUACGUGUCUGCAGCGAACAGAGUAUCCCAAUUGUUGCAUAUGGAACCGGUACUGGACUUGAGGGAGGAAGUGUUUCGCUUAAGGAUGGAGUCUGCCUAUCCACCAUCGCAAUUGAGGGUGGUAUAUGUGAAUUGAACGAAGCCGAUUUUGACGCUUCUGUACGUCCUUCAGUUACUAGAAAGCAACUGAAUGUUCAUAUCCGGAAUACAGGACUUUUUUUUCCCGUCGAUCCUGGUGCUGAUGCAUCUUUGUGUGGAAUGGUAGCCACUUCAGCUAGUGGAACAAAUGCUGUACGAUACGGUACUAUGAAAGAAAAUGUACGCAACCUUGAGGUUGUAUUAGCAGAUGGCUCUGUUUUGCACACAAGAGGAAAAAAUGCGAGGCCUCGGAAAUCGGCAGCGGGAUACAAUCUAACAGAUCUAUUUAUAGGAUCUGAAGGCACUCUUGGGAUUAUUACAAUGGCUACUCUCAAGUUACAUCCACGUCCUCAGGCCCGAUCAGUAGCGCUUUGUCACUUUCCGACUGUAGCCGAAGCUGUAAACUCUGUCGUUGAGACGCUUCAAAUGGGAAUACCAAUAGCGAGAAUAGAAUUUCUUGACGAUUUGCAAAUAGCAGCAUGUAACAAGUACAGCCAUCUGACAUUAGCUGAGCAGCCAACUCUUGCACUUGAGUUCCAUGGCCAAACUGAUUCUGAAGUCGGUCAGCAGGCAAAGAUUGUCGGUGAUAUUUGCACUCAAAACAAUGGUUCCGCAUUUGAAUGGUCAACGGAGAGUGAGGAAAUGGAGAAACUGUGGACGGCUAGGCACAACGCUUACUACGCUACUCUAGCUUUGAGAACUGGCGCAGCCGGUUUCACAACCGACGUCUGUGUUCCAAUAACAAAACUCGCUGCAACUAUUAUCGAAACGAGAAAAGACCUCGAUGCAACUGGUCUCAAAGGAGCAAUUGUUGGUCAUGUUGGUGAUGGGAAUUUCCAUGUGAUCAUACCGGUUUUCGAAGAAAACAAGGAUGAGAUGUGUGUGGUACAUGCGUUCUCCGAUCGCUUGGUGCGUCGUGCUCUUGCUGCAAACGGAACAUGCACCGGAGAGCAUGGCAUCGGAGUCGGAAAAAUCCAGUACCUAGCUGAGGAAUUUGGGCCCGUCGGAGUGCACGUCAUGAAGAGCAUAAAGAAAACUCUUGAUCCCAAGAACAUAUUAAAUCCUGGAAAAGUGUUUGCUUAA